AUGCCCAGGCUUGCAGCGGACGGCCACUUCUGGGACCCUGUCCUAAAGAUCUUCGACUUCAGUCUUUUGUUCGAAGAGACCAUUUUUCAACUUAUCCCUUCAUGCUUUGCCAUCCUUGUUUCCCUCAUCUUCAUCACUCAUCACCAACAUGAGCCCGUCUACGUCCGUUCAAGUCCUCUGUUGUGGGCCAAAGUUGUGGUGUCAAGCAUCCUCGCUGGGUGCCAGGCUAACAGUCUUGCCGUGCACGCUCAGUUGCCCCAUUGUCGAACCGAGAUUACAUACGCUGCAUCGUCGCUCGAACUUGUUGCUGCCGUCGCUCUCUGCAUGAUGAUACAUAUGGAACACAAGCAUGCAAUUCGCUCAUCCGCUUUCUUGGCCCUUUAUCUCUUCUUCACGGUUUGCGCCGAUGCAGUAAAAAGCCGUUCGUAUUUUCUUCGUUCUGGAAUGGAGACUCUUGGCGCGCUUGCCGCCACCACUGCUUCUCUUCGCGCUUGUCUUAUUGUUCUCGAGGAGGUAUCCAAAAAGCCGCUGCUACUCGACGAUGACGUGCGUGCAGGUUCUGGACCUGAGGCUACAAGUGGCUAUUUUCAACGGGCGUUCUUUAUCUACUUACACCCAAUGCUCAUGACCGGCUUCCGGCAGAACUUGGCCCUUCAGGACAUGGGCAAGCUUGGUAUUCAAUUCUCCUCCAAGGCCUUGCAUCUGCGCUUGAAGAAGGCUUUUGACCGAACUAAAGCCUCCAAGUCUCGAUGUAGUCUGGUUUGCGCUUGUAUUUGGACUUGGAAAUGGGAGCUCUUCCUGAUGACAAUCCCACGUUUUGCCAAUAUCGGUGCAUGCUACGCACAACCUUUUCUUCUAAGGCUCGUGAUUGACUCAGCUGAGGCGGAUGGCAACGAAGAAGGCGACCAAAUAACAACCGCGAUGAGGGUUGGCACAAUUGCCGCGACGUUUCUUAUCUUUAUGGUGCAAGCUAUGACAACAUCUGCGUCAAGACAUUUCGCUAAUGGAUUCGUUACCCAAGUUCGUGGCGGUCUUGUUGCUGAGAUGAUGGAUAAAACCCAUAAUCUGAACGAAAAGGAUGCCAAGAACCCUUCAGUGUUGACGCACACAAGCUCGGAUAUUGAGUCUAUUGCUAUGGGCCUUGCGAGCUGUGUCGAUAUUCCCAUGACAUUCAUUGAACUCGGCUUUGGAGUAUAUUUGCUCUCGAGGUUCAUCGAACAGUCAUGCUUCUUCGUUCUGUUACCUGUUAUGGGCUCUUCUCUUUUCUCCUUCCUGUUAGGCUUGGUAACAGGACCUCUUAUGGCCGCAUGGAACAAGAGCAUUGAGGUCAGGAUUUCCAAGACAUCGCAAGUUCUUCGUCAGCUUCCAGAGAUCAAAAUGAUGGGCUUAGGGCCUAUUAUGCGGGACAAGAUUCAUAAUCUUCGGGUUGAAGAAAUGUGCACAUCGAGACCAUACCGAUUCUGGAUGGCGAUCCUCAAUAUGACAACAUCAUUGACCGAUGUUGGUACCCCAGUUAUCGUCAUGGCUGCCGCAUAUUUUUGGAAAGGUUUCGGCCACAGGAUGUCUGCAAGCCAGGUUUUCCCUACGCUCGCAAUCGUCAGCCUUAUUCAAAACCCGACGGUGAAGUCUUUGCAGGUAUACACAGAGCUCACAGGCAUGGUCGCAUGCUUUGAUAGGGUCCAAAAGUUCUUAGAACUUCCAGAGCGAAAGGAUUCUCGCGUGAAACGGGACCCUUCUGCACCGCCUGAGAGCUAUGAGCUUGUACCUACACACUACGACCCGACGGAAAUGAGGCCCUGGCCGGUAGCCCGAAGUGCUGGCGGCAUUAUUCAGUUUUCAAAUGCCAGCUUUGGAGCAUUUGGUUUGGACAACCCUCUUCUCACCGAAGUGAAGUUUGCUCUUUUUCGGGGCUCCGUUACCGGCGUUCUUGGUAACACUGGCUGUGGCAAAUCGACGUUCCUCAAAAGCAUUCUGGGUGAGACCAAGAACUCAAACGGUUUCGUGUAUACGGAUCAGGUCACUAUUGCAUACUGCAGCGCCAACAUUUGGCUGAAAGAUACGACUAUUCGCGAUAACAUCAUUGGUUGUUUGCCGUUUGAUCCAGUGCGUUAUGACUUGGCUAUUCGAAGCUGUCAACUGGAGCAGGACUUGUCCCGACUACCUGGACGUGACAACUAUAUCGUUGGUACGGACGGUGCCAGUCUAAGCGGUGGGCAGCGGCAGAGAGUGGCCUUAGCCAGGGCAGUCUUUGCUCAUUGUGAGAUUACUAUCAUCGACGGCUGCUUUGGUUCACUUGAUCGGGAGACCGCUGUAGCAAUCUUGUACGAUCUCUGUGGCGAAAAUGGUGUCCUGAGGUCUGCAGGCUCAACAGUCUUGCUGGCUACAUACUUGCCAGAAAGUCUGCAUGUCAUCGACCAGAUGAUUACCGUUGAUGACGAAGGCCACGUCAUGCUGGAUGAAGAGUUUGCCUCUGACGCCAGCCAUGCACGACUCAUGACGCGCCUCCUCAGUGGUGUAACGAGUAAUAUGCCCCAAGAGGUCGAAGAUAAGGAGAGCGCUUCAAUCAACAGAUCUUGGCCCUCGAGCUCCCCGUCCGGUUCUUUCAAAGAUGGUGGCUUAAGGUCGCAAGGCGGCUGGCGGUUAUACAUGCUGUUUAUCAACAGUGUGGGGAAGCUUAGAUUUACAUCUCUCAAUCUUCUUGCCUUUAUAAUGGCUGCUUCGGAACUCAUCCCUGAAAUCUAUCUACGAAUCUGGACCGACUUGGCCCCUGAGGAUGGGUCUUGGUUUGGCUGUCAGGACGCCAAUCUUUUCGCGAAGGUUUUACCGUUCUACUUCUACCGCACAAUGUACAUGUUGUACUCGGUGUUGAUACUUAUCGGCAUCAUUCUAUCAAGCGCCACAUACAUGUGUGCGUUGCUUCCGGUCAUUUUCCUUUCCAUAUACUUCAUACAGCGCUUCUAUCUACGCACUUCAAGGCAGAUGCGACAUUUAGAUCUGGAAGAAAAGGCGCCGCUUUACACCUAUCUAAACGAGACUGCAGCCGGUGUGUCAUACAUCCAAGCUUUCGGGUGGGUGGAGAAGAACUUGGAGAAGGGUUAUCAGCUUCUUGAUAACUCUCAACAGCCUUACUAUCUCAUGCUCUGUAUUCAACAGUGGCUAGGGCUUGUCUUAGGCAUUCUCACAACUAUAAUUGCGGUGACUUUGGUAUCCAUUGUCCUCUUUUCCAAGAACGGAACAUCGCCGUCAGCUGUUGGGCUUUCUUUUCUUAGCCUUCUCAAUAUACAGCGAACUCUUGUAUGCUUGAUUGAGGCUUGGACAGGGUCCGAGACUUCUGUAGCCUGUCUUGCUCGUCUGAAAGAGUUCAAAGAGACUACCCCUCAGGAACCACGCCCCGCUUCACCAGAACAGCUGCCGUCGUCUUGGCCGUCUGAGGGAUCUGUAGAGCUUACGGGCGUCUCAUCGUGGUACAAGCCUGCAGUGGAUAUGCCGCCCAUUGUGAGGGAUGCUUCGCUAUUGGUUGACGGCGGCGAGAAGAUCGGUCUUUUUGGCCGCACCGGCAGUGGCAAGAGCUCUUUGCUACUGACAUUGCUUGGACUUCUUUCAUAUGAAGGCAUAGUGGAGAUUGACGGCGUGGAUAUUGCAAACAUCGACCCGGAUGCUCUGCGAGCACACAUGAUUACCAUCACACAACAUCCGAUUCAGUUUGAUGACACCAUACGAGCGAACCUGUUGCCUUUCGAGAUGAAUAGUAACAGAGGCAAGAUCACUGAUGAGCAGAAAAUACAACGCGAUGCUAAGGAUGCCAUUCUUAUUGGGUUGCUGGAUCGAUUCCGUUUAUGGAGCAAGGUGCGAGACAGAGGUGGUCUUGACGCGAUGUUGACGGAUGUUGGGUAUUCAAAGGGAGAGAUUCAGCUGCUGUCCAUAGCGCGAGCCAUUGUGCGUCGUCGGGAUACUGGUAGCAAUCUUGUUCUCGUCGAUGAAGCAACUAGUAACCUAGACCCCGAACGAGACGCGGAGACACAGGCAAUCAUGGACGAAGCAUUCGCGGGGUGCACUGUUUUCACAGUUGCCCAUCGACUCGAAACGAUCCAAAACGUCGACUGCAAGAUUGAGAUGGCGGAAGGAACACUGACGCAAUCUAUUCACUCAAGACGUGCAAUUCAACGAGCAAGCCGUUCUUCAAGCAAUUGA